AAGCGACCUACAUCUAGGACUGUAGGAGUGAAGCAUCUUGACGUAAUCGGUCUUUGGUUGACAAAAUGGCGUCGGAUCACGGGCUCGGUUCUCUGGGAGUGGAAGGAGCUACGGCAGCUGCGCACGCGCUGUCUUUACCUGCAGAAGCCUAUGGAAAUGACUCCCGACUGGAGGCCAUGUGGGCCAUGAAGGCGUACAACCAUGCAGAAGUUUAUUUUAAUCUCAUCUCAUCAGUAGAUCCAAAAUUCCUCAAACUGACGAAGCACGACGAUAAUAUCUACUCAUCCUUCAGAGAAGCCUUUAAAGAUCUGGACAUAAAAGUGUUGAACACAGACGAUGUGAAGUCUAACGAGGCAAAGGAGAGGUGGCGUCCAUUCUGUAACAAGUUUGAAGGUACAGUUGAAGAUUUUAACUACGGCACUCUGCUGCGUCUGGACUGUGAGAAGGAUUACACAGAAGAAAAUACCAUUUUUGCCACCAGGAUCCAGUUCUUCGCCAUUGAAAUUGCCCGAAACAGAGAAGGUUACAACACUGCAGUUUACAAGUCCAAAUCUGGGAAGAGUUAAUAAAGAUCAACGACACGACAAGGAAUCAUCACAUCUCUGUUGGAACUACAGAUAUACAAACUUUUGAUAUGAACUUUUGAUUGAAGAUAUACAACACAUUCUGUGGAAGACAGCCUCAUGUCUUUGGUUAUUCGCUGGAAAAUGUGAACGUGUCAAUCAUAAUGGUUGUUGGUUGGUGGGUUUAUUACAUCAUUAGGAACCAAUAAAGUCAUUUUAUCAGAC